ACUCGGCGGCUCCGCUCGGACGCACCAUGGGCGGCCCCGAUGGGGCAGCGGGGCGCGAGAGCCUGGAGGGGAGCGGGGAUCCCCCGAGGAGCAGCGGGGAUCCCCCCAGGAGCAGCGGGGAUCCCCCCAGGAGCAGCGGGGAUCCCCCCAGGAGCAGCGGGGAUCCCCCGGCGCCGCCCCGGGAUUACGAACUGUGCGGCAAGGUGAUGUUGCUUGGAGACUCGGGCGUGGGCAAAACCUGCUUCUUGCUGCAGUUCAAAGACGGGGCCUUUCUCUCCGGGACGUUCAUUGCCACCGUGGGCAUAGAUUUCCGGAACAAAGUGGUGGUCGUGGAUGGUGUGAAGGUGAAGCUGCAGAUCUGGGACACGGCAGGACAGGAGCGUUUCCGCAGCGUCACCCACGCCUACUACCGGGAUGCCCAAGCUCUGCUCCUGCUCUACGACAUCACCAGCAAGAUGUCCUUUGACAACAUCCGUGCCUGGCUGACAGAGAUCCACGAGUACGCCCAGAAGGACGUGGUCAUCAUGCUGCUGGGCAAUAAGGCUGAUGUGAGCAGCGAGAGAGCUGUGAGGACGGAGGAGGGAGCAUCACUGGCCAGGGAGUAUGGAGUGCCUUUCAUGGAGACGAGUGCCAAGACGGGCAUGAACGUGGAGCUGGCCUUCCUGGCCAUUGCCAAGGAGCUGAAGCAGCGCGCGGGGCAGCCGCUGGAUGAGCCUCACUUCCAGAUCCACGAGUACAUCGAGUCACAGAAGAAGAAAUCCAGCUGCUGUGCCUUCUCCUGAGGGUGGCCC